AUGCUGUGCCAGCUGAGGGGAGUGGCCGCCGAGACUGUGAUUCCUCUGCGCCUCGCUGGCGGUGCUUUCCACGUAUGGUCCCAGCUGCCGGCGGCCAGUCGCUGCUCGCUGACGGCCGUGAGAGACGCCCUCCAGGCGGCGUUUGCUCUCGAUGAGUACGCCGCCUAUGAAGCGUUCGCCGCUCGGCGACUGAUGCCAGGAGAGUCGGCGGACGUAUUCCUCGCUGACCUCCGCCGGCUGGCGGCGCUGUUCGGAGGAGUGCCGGAGCGAGCGCUGGCAUGCGCAUUCGUGGCAGGCCUGCCGGACAGCGUCCGGCAGAUGAUCCGUGCUGGUUGCCGGGCAGAUGGACUGGACCUGUCGUCGGUGCUGGCGCGCGCUCGCGCUUGGAGACGACGGGUGGUGCGCGUCACCACGAUCAGCGGCGACGACCUGAAAUGCAGCGGCAUUGGCAGUGUAACGGUCGAGGCGCCGACGGGCCAUCGUGCCGCGCUUGAAACGCUGGUGGUGGAGGAGCGGCCGCUCGGCGUGGAUAUGGUGCUCGGGGUCAGCGGUAUCUCGGCUCUCGGGGGCGUGACGGUGCUGUCCCCCUCUGUGGUGCGGUUCUGUGGAGCAGUGUGCCGUGCGCCGCCAGACAUUGAGACGCCGGACUUCCGGGUGCAGUUCAACGCGGCUGACCGGAAGUGGUCGGUUGCAUGGAAAUGGUCUGAUGGGAUAGGACCCCAGUGCCUCACGAACGCUGUGCCGCAGUAUGCUGUGCCGCCCGCCGCUCGUCACGAGUUCGAGACAGAACUUGACGACUGGAUAGAGCGGGAGUGGCUCGUGCCGUAUGACGAGCGGCGACAGGGGCCGCCGAAAGGGUUGGUGCCGCUAAUGGCUGUGGAGCAGCGCAAUCGGGGGAAAGUUCGACCGGUGCUGGACUACCGGGAACUGAAUGACUUUGUGCAGGCUCACACAGCUGACAGCGACGUGUGCGCGGAACAGCUCCGCAAGUGGCGCCGGCACGGCGCAAAUGUGGCGGUCGUGGACCUGAAGCGUGCCUACCUCCAGCUGCACCUGGAGGAGCGACUCUGGCCGUUUCAGACGGUGAUGGUGCGGGGGCAGCGAUUCUGCUUGACCCGCCUAGGUUUUGGUUUGAAUAUCGCGCCCCUCGUGAUGAAGGCUGUCGUGCGUGCUGUGCUCGAUCAGGACCCCGACAUCGGGCGUGCCGUCCUCCCAUAUGUGGACGAUCUCCUUGUAAAUGAGGACAUUGCCAGUGCCGAGCGCGUGGUGGCGCAUUUCGCGCAGUUUGGGCUGGACUGUAAGCCGCCGGAGCGGGCGGCCAGUGGAGCGCGGCUCCUGGGCCUGCGGGUGCACGAGGAGAACGGACAGCUGCGGUGGAAGCGGGACAAUGCCAUGGACUGUAUCGCGAGUCGCCUCGCCAGUGACGACCCGGCCCGUGGCGUGUGGUGUGUCGACGGGGACGAGGUGGUCGCCUGGACAGACGCCAGCUCGCUGGCCACCGGAGUGGUCCUGGAAAACACAGACGGGAGUGGCUCCGAGACGAUCUGA